UCUACACAAAGACAGGCAUUGAUGACACAGCGUCGCACUGCUGCAAAAUCUCGCAGAGAGCAACGUCUCCAAUUCAAAUCCUGGGAUUUGUCCGAGGGAGAGAACAUAUAUCUGAUCCAACAGGCCACAGAGGUAACAAAGGCCUAUCUCAACCAUGAAGUUACCUUUUGUUGUGGUUUUUGCCUUCAUCCUCCCGCUCAUCAGGGCUCAGGUGCCCCAUUGGGGACCUUGUCCAGACCCAGCUGUUCAACCGGCCUUCAACCUUAAGCAGUUCAUGGGGAGAUGGUUUGAAAUUGCCAAACUGCCGGCCCAGUUUGAGAAGGGCCGGUGCAUCGAAACCAAUUUCACUUUGACAACAGACAACUCUAUUCGAGUGGUCAGCUCUGAAAAACUAAAAGGAGAGCUGAGGAAAAUCGAAGGGACUGGAGUCAUAGAGGAUAUGAAGAAUCCGGCAAAACUGGGAAUAAGUUAUUCCUACGUCCUGCCCUACUCUCCUUACUGGAUCCUGUCCACUGACUACGUGGACUCUGCCCUGGUGUAUUCCUGCACGGACAUCCUGAGGCUCUUCCACGUCGACUUCGCCUGGAUCCUAGGCCGAACGCGAACCCUGCCUGACACCACUGUUGAGAAAGCCAUGAAUACCUUCGCCAAGAACAACAUUGAUGUGAGCAGGAUGAUUCCCAGCAAGCAGCAAGGCUGUGACAAAACUCUCUGAACAGCAAUGGAAACACAGAACAAGAUGGUGCUGUUGACAGGAGGGAAAAUAAUUUAUCAUCCAUUUAAGAAAAAUCUUUGACUAAUAUUUAGAUGAUUAUGACGAGGGAUGUAGUGGAGGGUAGACUCAACUCAGUAACUCAGUUUGUUUAUGAGUGAAAACACAGCUUUCCUGCCUUUUUCUAAAAAUAUUUACAGCACAAAAUAACUGCAUGCCUAUACUGUGCAUUAUAGUAAGUUAAAGCAUACACUAAGUGAAGUCAUAUUCAUACCCACCUUUUUAUUUAACACAUCAUCCCUGGUUGUAAUAUUACAUGCUGAGCAUAAUGUUCUGCCCAGUUUUAGCCAUUUAAUAUUUUCAAUUUGUCAUAAUGAGCAAUGUUUGCAGUUUGAUUUGCAGUAUAAAAUCGAAUAAUCGUAUUG